CCUCACACACACACACGGAUGUCCUCCUCUCGGAUACACACAAACACGUCGUAGCCAUUUUUUUUUUUUUUUUUUUGCUGUUGAUAAAAACGAACGAUGCCAUCAUUUGACACGCUGUGUUGAAGAAAACGCUGGAUUAACAACAACAACAACAACAAAAAAGGUGCACAAGCAAAGCAUUGUGGGUGUGUUUUUUUUAAAUUUUAUUUUCAUUUGGAGCUGUGAUCCUUCAUGGACGCCAACAUGAUGCCUGCGUCGUCUCCAUCUGUUUGGGCCGGAGAGGAGCGACCGUCCCUGCUGGAUCAGGAAGACCCAGGGCAUAGCCAAGCCUCCACCGCCACGCCGUGCCCUCCCCUUGCAGUGGGGGAGCAGCUCCUCUGUGGCGUCAACCUCUCCAAAGACGAGCUGGUCAUUGUCAUCAACGAGAAACUGAAGAGCAGUAACGGCGUCCACGCCUCCAACAGCACCUCCUCCCCCGUCAUCUCGUCGCCGCCCAGACGGCAGCACUCCAUCUCCUACCCCCAUCACGCCAAGACCAGGAAGGGCAGCAGGGCGAGCUCCAUCGGCUACACCGCCUUCUCCCCCAGGCCCUCGCUGUCGCGCCACUCCAGCAUCGCCACCAACCCCCCCUUGGACCGCACCAAGGUGAAGGACUACCUCCUGCUCUCCGUGCUGGCCUGCUUCUGCCCCGUGUGGCCCAUCAACAUUGUGGGAUUCGUCUACUCCAUCAUGUCUAAAAACAGUCUGGAGCAGGGCAACCUGGAUGGCGCCGUGCGUCUGGGCCGUGUGGCUAAGAUGCUGUCCGUGGUGUCCCUGGUGGGCGGAACCAUCAUUAUCAUCGCCUGCAUUGUCAACCUAGCCAUCAAUGUGAAAACCUGAGUUUUCAUGCCAGGAUGAAACGGAAUGAUAAGGGCAGCUGCAUCCUGUCCGGCCCUCACCUGCACCGCCUGUCUUUAUACCACCUAGCUGUUACCUUGGAUGUGUGACUAACAUAAAAACAACAGCAACCAAACACAGCCACUGAUAUUUAUAUUCUUCGAAUCUUACAGAAGUACCUUUUUUUCGCUAAUCGAAGACAUUAUGCAAAAAGUGCUGCUGAGUCACAAGGGAGGGAUAGGAAAUAGAAAGGUGAAGGAGGAUUGGUGGACUUUUUGGACAUGGACUCAAGACGAGGAGGAGAAACCUUUUACACUGCAUUUAACACACACGGAAAGACUUUUCCCUCCUCCUCUUCAUCCUUUGAGAAGAAACGAUCGCUGUCACCUUGUUGAGACUGCCGCUCUCCCUGCCCGAGGAUAAAGAGAGGCUUAAUGCUAAAAACGGAUUACAGGAGAGGAAAUAUGUGCCAAAAUAUAUCCCAAGUCUCAAUUGUUGUUGCAGGGUAAGAACAUGCCAGAACGUUCCCAAAGUGUCAUUGCAGCACUGUGAGCCGUCGUACAGGAGGGAAACUGUAGCAACAGGACGCAACAUUAGGUACACCCAUUGCAAGAUGUAUCAUGUUUAUUAUUAUUAUCAUUAUUAAGUGACACAAGGCUAAACACGUUGUUACAUGAUGUCUUUGAAUAGGGCAAGUGUACCUAAUGUUAUGGCUUGAACCUUCAAAAUUUGUCGGUCACAGGUACAUGUUUUUGAUGUGUUGUGUGGGUGUGUGUGUGUGUGUGUGUGUGUGUUCUUGUAUUUCUACCCUUCUUGAGAUAUCAACAAUGAAAAGUAUCUUCAAUAUGAAUCAAUACCAUUAAUUGAUUAACGUGGACCCCGCUUUAAACAAAUUGAACAACUUAUUGGGGUGUUACCAUUUAGUGGUCAAUUGUACGGAAUAUGUACUAAACUGUGCAAUCUACAAGUUUCAAUCAAUCAAUCAAAAACCAGUGAACAAGUUAGAACAUCAAUCAUGGUCCCAAUACGAAAAACAAUUGCAUCUAAUAGAGAAAGGGACAAGUGGUAGAAAAAUGGCUGGAUGGACGGUUUUUAAACAUGCUCUGCCUCUGGUCAACAUAUGAAAUAACAAGUGUGUGUAAAAAAUGGAAGUGCUCCCCCUCUGGCCAACAUAUGUAAUGACAAGUUUGUGUAAGAAAUUGAAAUGCGCCCCCUUUAGCCAAAAGUUAUAUAUGUUAAAAAAAAAAAGAAGUUCUUACUUAAUUGUGAGUUUUGUUGAGUAAAAUUACGACUCUUUUCAUAAAAUUUCCAAAAUGUUUAGCUUUUCUUGUAAAACUGCAACUGUUAUUGAGUAACCUUUCAAGUUUUAUCAUAAUAUUGCACAAAUGUUCAGUUUUUCUUGUGAAAUGUUGACUUCCUUUGAGUAAAAUUACGACUUUUAUUGUAAAACUGCCAACAUUUUAAGUUUUUCUUGUGAAAUUGUGACCUUUUUCUUGUGGAAUUCCAACUCAUUUUUCACAACAAGCUUUUUUUUAUAUUUGUAUAGUAUGUAUGUAUUACUAAUGUUGUAAAUACAACUCUUUGUAUGUCUAGAAAGGGUGGUCCUAAAGAGGUAGUACAUUAGUCGGUGGUCUCAAGAAGGUAACAAAUACAAGACUGUGUGUGUGUGUGUGUGUGUGUGUGUGUGUGUGUGUGUGUGUUGUAUAUCUAACCUUCUUGAGACAACCACAAGGAAAAGUACCUUCCAUAUGAGGACCAGUGAACAAAUUAGGACAUCAAUCAUGGUCCCAAUACGGAAAACCAUUGCAUGUAAUAGAGAAAGGGACAAGUGGUGGAAAAAUGGAUGGAUGGACGGUUUUUAAAAUUGCUCCGCCUCUGGUCAACAUAUGAAAUAACAAGUCUGUGUAAACAUUUGAAGUGCUCCCCCUCAGGCCAACAUAUUUAAUGACAAGUUUGUGUAAGAAAUUGAAAUGCGCCCCCUUUGGCCAAAAUUUAUUUAAAAAAAAAAAGAAAAAGUUCUUAUAAAAUUGUGAGUUUUUUAGAGUAAAAUUACGACUUUUUUCAUAAAAUUUCCAAAGUUUUGAGCUUUUCUUGUAAACCUGUGACUGUUAUUGAGUAAUCUUCCAACUUUUACCAUAAUAUUGCACAAAUGUUCAGUUUUUCUUGUGAAAUAUUGACUUCUGUUGAGUAAAAUUAUGACUUUUAUUGUAAAACUGCCAAAAUUUUAAGUUUUUCUUGUGAAAUUGUGACCUUUUUCUUGUGGAAUUCCAAUUCAUUUUUCACAACAAGCUUUUUUAUAUUUGCAUAGUAUGUAUGUAUCAUUAAUGUUGUAAAUACAACUCUUUGUAUGUCUAGAAAGGGUGGUCCUAAAGAGGUAGUAGUACAUUAGUCGGUGGUCUCAAGAAGGUAACAAAUACAAGACUGUGUGUGUGUGUGUGUGUGUGUGUGUGUGUGUGUGUGUGUGUGUGUGUGUGUGUUUGCCGGCUUUUGCUCUUUUUGUGGUCCUGUUUCAGUCUUUUACAAUAAUAUAGGGUUUGAUUAUCAAAGUUGCCAAUCAAAUUUCCUGAUGUGCUCCCAAACAACCGCAUGGAAGAGUGUUCAUGCCAGGAGCCGGCCCUGGCUAUAAAGUGAAAGUUGUGGCCUGCAUUUUAAUGCUGCUGCUCGGUGACAAGGUAGUGCUUUUUAUUAAUUAAAAACAAAACAAGAUGAAUUUUACUGUACAUGGCCCCACAGUGAGUGUGUGUGCCGGGGAUUCUGUUAACCAAACUUGCACUUGCUCUGCUGUGAAUUUCUACACUGCUCCCGUUUGCCCUCUCUGUGAUCUUUACCUGUGAUUCGCACUGUGAUCCCCAAACAGGCUCCUGUUUUGAAAAUGAACAUGGCUACUUUUCUUCUAAUGUAUAUUUCAACUAGUAAUCAUGAGUUGAUGUACUGUAGUCUGCUGAUAUAAUCCUCAAUAGUGUAGUCAUACUUGAGUUAUAUAGUUGACCAGUAGUAGACACACAGGCCUUCCUAUUAGCACCAGGCUACUAUUAUUAUGAUUAUUAUGAUUCUUUGUGAUGACUGGCAUGCUAUGGGGUUUUAAUUCAUGUAUGAACCAUGAGUCAGCACUUUGGAUAUUAUACUUCUGCAGUACAUUUAUAAUAAAGACACAACGCAU